CAGGGCAGAAGCCACACAGCACUUUGCUCUCUGAUAAGACUCCUCGGAAGAAGAAGAGCGUAAACCACCAUACUGAGCUGCCGCUUUACUUCUCAUCACAGGAGCUGGAUUUUUGGAGACGCAUCACGGUUUAUGGAGGAUGGACAUUAGAUUGUGGGAAAUAGAAGCUGAUCUUUAAUUUUGGUGUUUUUGGCUUUUUCUUUUUAAAUAAUAAGGGAUACUUUAAAAACUUUUUAAUUUUAUCUGUUCUUAAUCGUGUCUCUUCGUUACUUUUGGACCCUUUUUACACUGGAAUGUCCCUUUGUGUUUUUCUUCCUUUAUUUAUUAAGUUCUGGUCUUUUUCUCUGAGUAAAUUGAAUGCAGAGAUGCUUUAUCAACAAGUUUAAAAUUUAUAACAGGUAAAAAACAUACAAAGAAGUAGCAAGCUGGAGCUUUAUUAUCAUCGAGGAUUUACUUUUUAAGGAGGACUAAAAGAGUUUGGAGAACCUUUUCGCACGUCAAGGGGGGCAAAGCAGCUGGACAGAGCUCACAGGCGCGCGCAGGUCCGCGAGGCGAGCCGCUGUUCACCCCUCCCCGCGCGCCGUGCUGAGGAGAGAGGCUUCCAUAAAUGCCCGGUCCGUUGGAGAGGCUCGAGGCUGGGCAGCAAGAUGAGCUCGUGGGUACAGCUGCUGCUGCUCGCGUUGCUGGCGGCAUGUGCGCGGUUUGGUGUGGCCGAGGAGGACGCUCUGCCUGCAGCCCUGGUGGAGCUGGUUAGAAACAGUCCCAUUGCUUCCAUAGAGGACCUCCAGCUGCUGCUGCUCUCUGACUCCGUAGAUGAGGAGGAAAGUAACUCUGCUGCCAAUGGAGGUCACAGACUCCCACGGAGCCUCGAUGCUCAGCCCGCUGUACAAGCUCAGUGUAAAGUUCGCACAGAAGUGGUGGAGGUCACCAGAGCCAUGUUGGACCGCAGCAACGCCAACUUUCUGCUGUGGCCCCCGUGUGUGGAGGUUCAGCGCUGCUCUGGCUGCUGCAACACUAAGAGCCUCCACUGCGUUCCUGUCCUCACACACACUAGAUACCUGCAGGUCAUGAAGAUUGAGUACAUCAACAAAAGACCCACUUAUGCUAAAGCUGUAGUGUCAGUGGUGGAUCAUGUGGAGUGCAGAUGUCAGACUGCUCCCCGUACCGUUGUGCUCAAGAAGAAAUCCUCUCACAGACCGCACAGCCACUUGCAUCGAAACCAGACGCUCAGCCCCGGACCUGCACAAGGACAGGUCAAGGUGCACUCAAAAGAGGAGCUCCACCAUUUGGAUGAGCUGAAACAAAACCAGAGGGCUCAUCUGGAGGAUCUCUCGCAGCACUGGGACCCCAGAGGAGACACCUUUCCUCAGCCUGAAGGGUACAGUCUGACUGAAGAAGACACAUCUCGAUCUGAGGAGGCAGUGUUGAUUUCUUCACACUGGGCUUACAAUUUCACCAAGCUUCUUGGGACUGAACAUCAUACUGAGGCCCAGGAAAAUGGGGAAAGGAAGAAUGUUGAGGUUUCUAAAGACAAAUCUGAACCCUUUGUGGGUAUUGUAGGCAUGGAAGCAAAGUUGGGAGAAGAUGGGUUCAACAGUACAGAAAGGAAUCCUAAAAUGGGACACAAAGACACACAAACUCACAAAGCCAUGUUCAAUAAUAGUGAGGAAUCCCUCAAUGAAAGAGUAAGGAACAGGUUCAGACCAACCAAAGAACCCAACCCAGACCCUCGAGAGCUGGCAGGAAGGAGAGAAAAUGAGACUCCUGACAUGGAGAGGAUGUUACAAGUCCAGGAGGAAAAAUUAGAGGCAGAGAGAAAAGAGCUUCUCCUUCUUCACAAGAGGUUGGAUGAAGAGAAGGAAUUACUGCGGCAACAGCAGAUAAAACGGGAGGAAGAAGAAAAGGUUAAAGACAAGGAGGUCGAUAGUCAACAUUUCCAACAUAGAAAACAUCAUCAUCUGCAUACAACAACACCAAAACCAGAGACAACAUCCCCAACCACGCAAAAGCCAUCACCCACGAAAGACCUCCAACUGCCCAUUCGUCGAAAUUCUCCAAAAAGAAGAAGAUUAAGAAAGAAUCGCAAAAAGAUCAGCAAGGCAGCAAUGAGAGCGAUGCUCAUGUAGGACUGAAAUGAUGUCAGGGAUACAUGGAUGACUUGUUGCAGGUUGGGAAUUUCCCCAAAGUGAAGCCAGUUGACUCCUUUGUUUUAUAUAUUUAUUAUUCUGUAACCUGGUUUGCCAGUGAGAUCUCCAUGGUAACACUACUAAUGACUGUCUCCUGAACCUGUAACUGUCUCUUGAUGGACUUCAGCACAGAUUAAGAGGAAAAGGGGAAUAUAAACAAAGGAUGAACCUGCUCAGGAGAAUGCCUCCCUCUCUAAAAAUGUGAUAAUCUAAAGUAACAAAUCGCACCCAAAGACAAAUAAAGUGCACAAGCACAGUGACUGUGUGGGACUGAAGAGGUAUCUCUGUAGAACUGUGGAAAAUAGUGCAAUUUCUGUGGAUGCAUGCUUAGAUAUCAUCAAAGAGAGACACUGCACUUAAAUGUUGACAACCUAGACUGUAUGGGAUGUUUUCGGUAGAUGUUACAAUACCACUGGCACAGUGAAAUACAAAGUCUAUUCAGUGAAAAAGUUAAUAAAAAUGUUUAAAAUGUUUUUGCUAAAAGUCAGGUAUUAAUCUUUGAGACAAUCAUAAUGAAUCUGCAAAGCGUGCAGAAUACUCAGCGUGAUGUCGAUCAUCCGCUCAAAUAACCCAAUGAUGGUCUCUGUUAACCAUAUUUCAUUAUAUUUAACUCAUUGCAAACACUGGAAUAACAGAUAUGGUUAGAAAACAGAAACGGAGUGAAGUGCCUUGCAAAAGUAUGUCACAAUCACAAACUUCUGUGUAAUUCAUGUGAAUUCUGACAGAUGAACACAAAGUAGCGCAUAGUGUGAGGGAUUGCUUUUGAAUCAAUGAGGUGAUGCAAUCAGCUGGUUUUCUUUAGAUAGAAAACUUUGAACGAAUCUGACUGUAUGAUCUGGUUGAAUUCUCUCUGUAAAGUGCCUUGA